ACUCUAUGCCCACGGCCGCAAAAUCGUCUGACGGAAGAAAUACACCGUAACGGAAGGUGUAGAUAAGAUGGCAAGGCAGAGAAAUUUUCUGCCUUAAAGAGGCAUCCAGAAAGCGCAAUAAUUUGGCAUCAUGGACGCGAUCAUUGAAAAGUCUGUCGCAUAUGUAAAGGACUUCAUGUCCCGUUAUGAUGCAUCCCAUGACUUCUCCCACGUGCAGCGAGUUUUGCAGAUUGCUAAAACUAUUGAGGCGGCUGAGCGGAAGAAUAACCCUACGCUUCCCAUCGAUACGUCCGUGAUCACCCUGGCGGCGCUUUUGCAUGAUGUUGGAGACAGAAAGUACCUCAAGCCAGGCGAGGAAGCGAGCGUCAUGGUCUCGACAUUUCUCUCCAGCAUUGGUUGUCCGCAGCAUGUAGCCGAUAAGGUUCAGCUCAUCUGCACGAACGUAUCGUACAGUAACGAGAUACGUAAUGAAGCCAAGGUCGCGAAGCUCUGCGAGGCUAUCCCGGAGCUGCGUAUCGUUCAGGACGCUGACCGCAUUGACGCGAUUGGCGCUGUAGGUCUUGCGCGAAUGUUUGUGUUUACUGGCGCAAAGCAGCAUGAACGAGGUUUCAGUGUGGAGCACGUAUACGAGAAGUUGCUUCAUAUUGAGAAGCGGAUGAAGACCAAGACAGGGAUCUCCAUGGCAAAGGAGAGGACGGCCCGGAUGGAGACAUUUCUCAGCUGGUGGGAUGACGAGAUUUGUGGAUUAGGCAAGGAGAAAGGACACUAGUUCAUUCACACCGUCCGUAUUGUUAGAUCAGGUCGUGCCUUGUAAUUCUUCUCCGCUCCAGGACUUCUCUGUGCAAGCGAUGAGAAGCUAUACCAACGGAUCAAACUUAGCUCUCCAGUGGAGUCUAAAUGAAAGGAAAACGAGAGAACAGAGAUCAUUGCGAUGCUUGCUCGAAUAGCUUUGAGCCAAAGCGAGUAUAUCGUCAAUUCCCUCAUUGACACUGUUUUUUUUUCGGGCGCUACUAGACUACUCGGUUGUGAUAGUACCUAUGAAAUAUUAGACCUUGAAAUAUAGCUUCGUGCAUUCA